AAAUCAGUACGGAAAAUGUUGUCGAGGCAGUUGCACGGUCAGAGAGAGAUCUCCGUUCGAAUUCUACAAGCUGGGCGGGCGUUUGCCACCAAGGGCGCAGCAGCUUUGGACGCUACGCCUUUGGAUCAAGCAAAACCCUACUCGGAGAUACCUGGUCCCAGUAGAUUCAACUUUAUUCGCUCUUUCUUGCCGGGCGGUCGCUAUAUCAAUAAGCCGGUGCAUGAAAUGUUUUUGGAUAUGAAUAAACGGUUUGGGGACAUUUUUCGCAUGCCUGGCGUUGCUGGCAGAGAUAUUGUGGUUUCCAUGAAUCCUGUGGAUUACGAGACGACCUUCCGCCACGAGGGACAGUUUCCCUACCGUCGCAGUUUCGAGACUAUGGACUAUUUCAAAAGGGUUCACAGACGGGAUAUUUUCGAUGGUGCUGAUGGUUUAACAUCAGGAAAUGGACCCGCAUGGGGUAAGUUGCGAACAGCCGUUAAUCCGAUUUUGCUGCAGCCACGCAAUGCCAAAUUAUAUGUAAACAAUAUUCUGCAGGUCAAUGAUGAGUUUCUGGAGCGCAUACGUGCCAUAAGAGAUCCCAAGACUCAAGAGAUGCCUGCUGACUUUGUCGAGGAGAUUCGCCGCCUAGUCCUGGAAUCCAUUUGUUCUGUGGCACUCAAUACGCGGCUUGGGUUGCUGGCGGAGAAUCGGGAGAGUGAGGAGGCAAAGCAAAUGAUUAAGGCACUGGCGAAUAUAGUUGAGUUGAGCUUCCAGCUGGACCUAAUGCCACCGAUUUGGAAGUAUUUACCAGUGCCCAUGUUUAAGACCCUAAUGCGUUCUCUGGACACCAUCGCAGAUUUUUGCUAUAAUCACAUUCAGCAGGCGCUGAAGCGCAUUGAGGAAGAUGCCCGAGAUGGACGCCUGAGCACCGAGCCAGGCAUGGAGACGAGUAUUCUAGAGAAACUGGCGCGUUCCAAUCGCCAGACGGCUGUGAUUAUUGCCUUGGAUCUUUUAUUUGCCGGCGUGGAUCCCACCCUUGUCAGUCUGACGGGCAUUCUACUUAGCCUGGCCAAGAAUCCCGCACAGCAAGCGCGACUGCUCGAGGAGAUUAGGGGAGUGCUGCCCGAGAAGAACUCACCACUGACCAUAGAAAAUAUGAAGCACUUGCCAUAUCUGCGGGCGUGCAUCAAGGAGGGCAUUCGCAUGUACCCAAUUGGUCCUGGCACACUGCGUCGCUUGCCUGUCGAUGUGGUCUUGAGUGGCUAUCGUGUGAUAGCCGGCACAGAUGUGGCAAUGGGAUCCAACUACCAAAUGUCCAACAUGGAGCAGUUUGUGCCGCGUGUUCGCGACUUCCUGCCCGAACGGUGGCUGCGGGACGAGUCCCAUGCGGAGCUGGUGGGCGACACUGCCACACCCUUUAUGUAUCUGCCCUUUGGGUUUGGGCCGCGUUCCUGUGCUGGCAAACGCAUUGUGGACUUGAUGCUGGAGACUGCCGUUGCCCGGCUGGUGCGCAACUUUGACAUUGGCUUCGACUAUCCGAUUGAGAAUGCAUUCAAGCAAAAGUUCUUCGUGGCGCCCAACAUACCGUUCAAGUUCAAGUUUGUGGAGCGCACUAUGUGAUUCUUUAGAUAUUUUUGACACUGAUACCUUAAAUAUAAAUGGCAAUGGAAUGCUGUUGAGCAGCUCCUUCAAAACGA